GCACAUACUACUAGUCACUAGCACAGUCUACUUAUCCACUCGUUUCCCACUCCACUCAUCACUGGUCACUCACCAUAUUCGUUCCCAAUCUUCCCCAAAUCGAUUAGCGAGGAAAGAGAGAGAAGAAGAAACCAACAAAUCAACAAUGGCUUCCGCAGCAUCAUCCUCUGCUAUUCUCUCUCCUAAUCCUACCAGAGCUUUCGCCGCUAAAGCUCAUGCUCCAAUGGCGGUCGCCGUUAAACCUUUUUCUCAAACCCUAAAUCUUUCUUCCAAUUUCAAUGGCAUCCGUAAAUCAUUUCAAUCUCCUCUUUCUCUCUCCUCUCGUCGCACUCAAUCCUCCAAACGCAGCUUUGUUGUUCGCGCUUCUAGUGAGCUUCCCCUAGUUGGAAAUACUGCACCGGAUUUCGAGGCAGAGGCUGUUUUUGACCAAGAGUUUAUUAAUGUUAAACUUUCUGAUUACAAGGGAAAGAAAUAUGUGAUUUUGUUUUUCUAUCCUUUGGACUUCACAUUUGUUUGCCCUACUGAGAUCACUGCUUUCAGUGACCGUCAUGGGGAGUUUGAGAAGUUGAACACCGAAGUACUAGGUGUUUCCGUUGACAGUGUUUUCUCACAUCUCGCAUGGGUCCAAACUGAUAGGAAGUCUGGUGGUUUGGGUGAUCUUAAGUAUCCCUUGGUUUCCGAUGUCACCAAGUCUAUCUCAAAGGCUUACAAUGUUCUGAUCCCGGACCAGGGGAUUGCAUUGAGAGGAUUGUUCAUCAUUGACAAGGAAGGAGUUAUUCAACAUUCAACCAUUAACAACCUUGCUAUUGGCCGUAGUGUUGAUGAGACUUUGAGAACACUUCAGGCAUUACAAUAUGUGCAAGAGAACCCUGAUGAGGUCUGCCCUGCUGGAUGGAAGCCAGGGGAGAAAUCUAUGAAGCCAGACCCCAAGCUCAGCAAGGAGUACUUUGCCGCUAUAUAAGACGACAGAAAUGAGGUUGUAUCACAUAGGAAUCCUGCAUUUUUGUUUUCUGUAUCAUGAUUUGUAACCUUUUGCGAAUUUUGAGCUGAUUCUAGGGAAUAAGUGUCGACAGCUUAUCUAUAUAUUGCUAAUGGCAGAUUCGAUUUUUAUGAAGAAAACUUUUGUGAUUGAGUUA